AUGUUGUACAUAUUGAAAUCACUCUUAGCGCUGUUCAUUCCAUUAGCAACAAGCAUCGGAGUCGACAUAGACGGAAUAAUAGAUUUCGGUCCAAAAUGGAAUUUCAAAUACAACGUACAAGCAGAAAAACUACAGCACGACUUCCAGAUGAAAUCGCACAACGCUACACGAUCUAACAUAGUCAGCGUGGAAGAAGUUGCAAUAACCACCCGUGCCAAUGUACCAGUAACACAAAUGAAUGAAAAUCCGUUUGAAAAAGCACAGAUGUUCAACAAACCUCACACAGUGAGAGACGACAAGCAAAUAAACGAAUUCGCAUUACAUGUUUACAAGCAAUCUCUGAAAGUGUUCGAUUUAAUAAAAAAGAAAGUGGAUCCAAAUGUCCGGGAUAAAGUAGACUUUAUAGCUCGCAGUUACGAUGAGAAAUUCCGCAAUUUCGUCGAAGACACUCUGGAUCAAACAAUUAAAACAAGAUUGGGUACCCAAAAGGUAGUUUUAAAUACUAUUGAUACAUCAAAUAGACUUAUGAGACGUUUAGUAAAUUUUUUAAUUGGAGAACUCAAUAAAGAAGGCGUGCUAAGAAAUCAAAUGAAUGUAGCCAAUGUCCUAGAAAAAGAAGUUAACAGAGAAAUGGCUUUAGAAUAUAGACAUAUAUGUGCUAAAUUCGGUAUAUGCAGAACAGUUAAUGGCUUUAACAAUUUCAUGGUAGAUAUAUUCACAAUACUAUUGAAAGGCGACGACAAAAAUAUAAAACAAGGGUCUGACGCAAUCACUGAAAUAUUGAAGGUACAAGAUUUUAGUAAAAUAAUGGGUAAGGGUACUCAGGAGAAAUUCCGUCAAAAGAUUGGUGAAGCUGAAAAAUGGGAUACAAAGAUGACGAGAGCUAUGUUUAUGAUAAUGAAAAAUCUGUUUGCACUGAAGAAUCAACCUCUUAAAGUAAUGAUGCAUGGCACUGAACACAUAGAAAGUACUGUGGUACUGUUAGAAAUUAUUGACGAAUUUGAUAAGGUAUUACCACCUAAUGAAGAGAAUCUUUUAGAAUGGAAUGAUAUAACUAAUAGUUUGAACCAAUGGCAAGAAGGUAAGAGAGAUGAUGUGUUAGAGAUCAUACAGAGUGUAAUAGGUCAUAUAAAAAACAAUGGUAUUGAAAGUAUGAAUGAGAAGACGCUUGAAAAUAUGAAAGAUAAAUUUAAUUUACUCUUUGGUUAA